CUGGGAAAUGGAUGCUCUUUAUUCAGUGACAGAUCAAAGAAUAAAGUCUGUGUGUGUCUGUUGAUGCGCCUCCUCCACCUCCUCCUCCACCUCCUGUCGGGAGGCUCCUGCUGGGAUUGGUCGGACGCUCCACGUUGCACAAACCCAAACAGCAGCGUAAAGGAGCCGGAGAGGAUGGAGCAGGCGGAGGAGCGGCGCACGUACACCACGCUGUUGUUGUUGAUGGAGGAGAAACCCGAGCAGGAUGCUGGGAGGAUGCUGAUGGAGUAGACAGGCGGAGGCUUCCCAGACAGCACGACACACCGCGCCAUGGGCUCCAGACUGAGCAGGCAGAGCAGCCUGGACAACGAGAAUUUCUCCAAGAAGCGACGCAAGCGUCCGGAUAGCAGCGGGGAGAGCGAGCGGGGCGGCCGGGGAGGUGGAGGAGGUGGAGGAGGUGGAGACUUUCUGUUCGCACUGAUGCUCAAAUCAGACAAACUGCCCGGGAUGCUGCGCAGGACCAACCACAGCCCGUACAUGCGGCGGGUGGCGUGGAUCCGAGACAUCCAGAAGCUGCUCCGAGAGCGGCGGAUAGAGCCGGCGGCAGACGUGCUCAAACUGCUGAGGAAGGAUCUCGGCCUGGAAGGAAGCUCGCUCAACGACAUCUUGUACAAAAACGCCGCCUUCCUCAACCUGGUCGACCCGAUCUCACACGAGCUGCUGCUCAGCCUCGCUCGAGAGAUGCAGUGUCCCAAAAAGGAUGCAGACACCAUCAAGUCUUCGGAUAAGAUCUGCAGACAGCUGAUCUACCACCUGACCCCGCACUCCAAGUGGCUGAGGCAGAGCAUGUCCAGACGGAAAUCCCAGGCCUGUCUGAAGACGACCCUACAGAAGAAGCUGUCCAGCGACUCGGUCGACCUGUCCGGCAUCCCCCUGUCCACCCGCGACGUCCGCCAGGUCGCCUUCUACCUCCAGAACAACAGAGACAGCGUGGUGGCCGUGGACAUCAGCUUCACCGAGCUCCAGGACGAGAACCUGAGGAUUCUCCUGCCUCUGCUCGCCUCGCUGCCCAAACUCAGCACCUUAGCCCUCAAUGGUAACCGCCUCACCCUGGCGAUCCUCAAAGACCUCACCGAGAUGCUCAAAGACCCCAAGAUGUUCUCCAACCUGGCCUGGAUCGACCUGGGCAAUAAUGUGGAUAUAUUCACCAUGCCUCAGCCGCUGCUGGUCGCCCUGCGUCGGCGCUGUAGCCUGAAGAGCAGCUUACCGACCAUCUACGAGUACACCGAGGGUCAACCCUACUGCUACCACCUGGAGACGUCCAUCGAGGAGCCCAGCCACUACGAGGAGGAGGAGGACGACGACGAAGAGGCCGAGGAUGACGAGGACGACAUGGGGAACAAAUUCGAGCUGGAGCCGUGGGCUUUGGGGGAGAAGCAGCUCUCCAAAGACUUCACCCUCCACUACUGCGAGAGGUGAUGAGGCGACGCUUUUCAACCGUGGUUGAAGCGUCGUCCCGCGGCACUCUGUUAACUUCCUUCGCCCUUUUCACACCACGAGCCCGGUCACCCUGCCUUCAUCCGGAGGCACGAGGGGAGACCCACAUUGUGAACUUCUCGUCCCGACACCGGCUACCAAAGCUAAUCCUAACCAUCUCUGAGUUAACCCACACAAAGAUGACAGUGACGGUCACAGGGCGGCGGCGGCAGCGGCGGACUUACUGUGUUGGUGGAUGGCGCUCUUGGGAAGAAGGUGCGGUUUCAUUGGAGGGGGGGCUGGAUGAGUUAAUGAACCGGUGCUCUCCUCUCUCUCUUUCUCCCCGUCUCUCUCUCUCUCUCUCUCUCUCUCUGAUAGCGACAGCUGAAGAGCCAAUCCCAAGGAAGUUCAGAUCAGUUGGUUGGAUGGAGGAGCAGCAUCCCGGCGGUAGCUGAAGUGGAGGUUUAGUUUGGUCCCUCUGGGUUCUCUACCAGGACUGAGACUAUCUCUGGCAGGCAGGGUCUAGCUCCACCAUUGUGUGUUCUCUGUUAAUCUCUCAACAAAAGCUAUGACACAAGUUCAACAGACUAUACAGCCGACGAACCGUCACGUGACGCCGGCAAAACUGCUAGGUCAAGACUUUUCGCGUUUUCCCCCCCUUUCCAAAUGUCCACUUGUGAAUACCCGCGCACACCCUUGUGUAGAUGUAAAUGAGGACACACAAAACACGGCUCUGUUGUUGUUUCCACGGGCUAUUUUUGUGCACUUUGGGUGAACAAAGCAAUCUUAGAAGACAACAGGUAGGACUCAACAAUGGGUAGAUUGUUUUUUGUACUUAUGCCUAAAUGCUGGUAUUCACCUCUUUGUAAUUAUGGAGCUGUUGUAGUCAUCACCAGUGUUUCCGUGUAUUUACGAUGGACCACCGAGUCUUAGCCUGUCCCACUGCCGUUUGUCUCUAUGGAUAUGUUUUCUGUUGUCUGUUGCACAUCACUGAGUUAAAACUGACCGACACACUGCAGCGCACUUUAAGGGGACUACUUUUUCCAUCCGUGUACAUCGAACGCGCACCUCUUUAAGGUUAACACGACCAAAAUGUCUCCUGAUUGUCAGAAGGAUCACCUGCAUCACCCGAUAUAUAAUCAAUGUUUAAGUGUUUGUUCUGCGUGUUUGUAACCGUAAACUGUCUGUAAUUAUUUAAAGUUUUGGUGUCUUUUGUCGGUAAUUAUAAUAACGACUAUGAAACUAAGCGCAGUGACCUCCGACUGUGAGCUUGUCCAAUGUUUGGCGAUGGAGAGCGCUGUUCAUUUUGGUUCGUAGUUGACGUGCGUCGACAUCAAACUCCUCCUUGUAACCUGUGUGUACUUGUCUCAUGCCAAACACUGACUGCCAAUAAAAAGAACCCA